AUGCUUUGCUGGGCCAAUACCUACAAACGACGUGUCCGCAUUCUGCCCCGCGCUUCGGCCAACCCGAUGAACGCCUCUCUCACUGCCAUGUUGAAGGCUUCUGCACGAACCUCUGACCUCUUCGUGAAGUACCUCCACCGCCAACCACCCUCCACCGAGGGUCGUGCAGACGUGGAGGAACGCAUCCGAACUGCAAUGACCGAGCUCAUGACCAAGGAGCAGGCUGUUCUCGAGGCUUGGGCGGCUCAACGACGUCGUCUGGACGACUGUGUGAAUUACAUCUGCUUCGAGCGUGACAUCAAGGAGUUGGCGUCUCGCAUUCUGCAAAGCGUCUCCUCAGAUACGCCUACUGACGUUGACCAGCCGCUGCCCUCACUGUCUCCACAAUCACCGCUGUUUGUUGAGGCGAAACGGGCUUGCCAUAAACUAUCAGUCCUUAUCGAGAUGGGUGGUUUGCAUGUUCCCUACCUCACGGCUCUGCAUACUCGCCUCCAGACCUGCAUCACACCACCCGCUCGACCCUCGGCUGGCGCCGGCGAUACGAGCGAAUCCAGUCUCGUGGCCAAAAUGCGUACCACGAGUAUCGGUGGCUCCAACCGG